AUGGAGCUCUCCCCGGGAACGGGUGACAACCUCACCCACGGUCCUCAUCCGCAUGCGUCCCCGACUUCAAUGGCCGCGACCACUGCGACCGCGGCCGAGGCCGUCGACUCUCCAACACCGGACCCUUCCUCUCAGAAACCAGCAUCGUCACUUUCCCGAUCAUCGUCUCUCUUACAACAGAAGCGGUCCUCGCUCCCUCCUCGUGCUCACUCGGGAGCUCGCCACGCCAAACGUUUAACCCUAAACUUUCCCAUCAACAUUCCGCUGGACCAGCCUCCAGUCGCUGCUGCCGACUCCAGUGUCGCUUCCCCAGGAUCCAUGACCCCCGUGACACAAUCAUCGACUCGUCCGUCCCCUGCGCUCCCCGCGGGGACUCCCAUGCCGUUCGAUGUCGAAGACGACGGCUACGACUUCCUCCGCGCCAUCGCUUCCCAAGAACGAAAGGUAUUGGAGCUUCGCGAGGAGCUACAUCGGGCCGAGGCGGAACUGUCAACAUUGAAGAAACAGUGGGCACAAUCGGAAAAGACCAGGAAACGGACCGAAAUUAACCUCCAUGCCGAACCGCUGCUGCCGCUGCGAUCUUCCGAUCUCGCUGCACCCGAGGCAUCAAGUUCACACCAUCGUGAGCAGAGCUUGAGCUCGGUGGCAAGCUCGUCGGUAUCGCAAGAGCGGGUCAGCAGGGACCUCGAAAGACGCUCCAGUGUUCGUGUGGCACCUGUGGCACCUCCCAAGGGAACGACCAUCUCGGCCAACGGUCGGCGGGUGUUUCAGGGGUCUCAUACCCGGACGCUCUCUCUGCUGUCCCCAGUCACCGCGCCCAGUCCAACAACUGCGGGACCCGGUCCGUCUGAUAGCGACCGGUUAGGUCGAACUCCACGGUCCGCGACUUUGCCAUCGGUUGAGCGCCAGAAUGUGUCUACUAUUGGGAGUCCUAUGGAGGAUAGCCAGGUCCCAGAGCACGUCCUGGCUCAGUGGCGAAAGACCAUGCCUCCUCCCUCGAGGGAGGCCCUGAUGCGCACAGGAAAGCAGAUGGCUUCCGAUCUACGCGAAGGCUUGUGGACGUUCUUUGAAGAUAUUCGACAGGCUACGGUCGGCGAAGAAGGUAUCAACGCGACGGAAUCUCGCACCAUGUCUCCAUCAAACGGUUCACUGACGCCAGCCACCGCGCGUAAACGAGACUCUUUGGCAAAAUCACGGAGUCGAGAUCGACUAUCCGCUACGGGAACUGUCUCACGAUCGUCGUCUUCUUCGUCAUCACGGGGCAGGGGGACAGCGGCCGAGAAAACAUCUGGUAAAGACACCAAACCGGCGGACAUUUCUACGUCUUUCUGGCAUGAAUUCGGGGUUGAUUCACCAGCGCAGACGUCCCCCCGCCCCGGCGCUCAUCGCAGCCCCUCCGACAACACAAUCGCCGCCUCGACCCAACGGGACAAGACCGAGUCCGGGCAUCCCGAUCACCACUCCAGCAGUGCAGCCGAAACGGAGGAUGAUACCGCCGAUAACUGGGAUAUGUGGGAUACGCCGUUGCCUGCGUCUAAGAUGACGCACACACCCUCGUCGAGCCGGUCGACGGUUGAAUCCUCGAAGCAUGAUCAAUCACCCAAUACCCAAGGCAGCAGCCCACGAACGAGUGCUAGCUUUAGCGAGUGGAACCCGAGUUCCGCCGCGCCCGAUCCCAGCGUCACCGAAGGCAUUCCCUGGCCUACCAUCACGAAGCUGGCCCCCUCGAAACUCCAGCGAACCGCCUCGAAUCUCAUGGCCGAAUGGGAGCGUAGUCUUUCGCCAUCUCCGUCUCCCGAACGAAAGGACUCCUCCGGAUAUAGCCGCGGCAAAAACGACAAAAAGGACUAA